AUAAACAACAACGCGCCCCUGCUGUGUAACUGGGAUCCAGUCUUCAGCCUCCUUUUCUAAGAAGAGCAGUGGAGUAGGAGGCCUCCUCAACAUCUGGUUGACUUUGGAGUAAAUCUGCACGUUUGUCUCAGGAGGAGCAUGUCUUAGCUCAUCUAUUCACGAGAUAACGUAAUCUUGUGGAUGAGGGUUUAAAGACAAAAACAGAAGCUUGACAGAAGAGCUUCCUUGAAUCUGAAGAUAUCCAGUCAAACUCCACGAUGAAGAUCCGUGUGGUCCAGAUCUGGGGUUUCCUGAUGACAGUGCUGGGCUGGAUCUUUGUGGCUUGCACUAUGGCCAUGGAGGGAUGGAAGAUCACAUCCAUAGGGGGAAUGGCGGGCUCCUCCAUCAUCAAGGUGGCGUGGUAUUGGUCCAGCCUCUGGAGAUCCUGCUUUACAGACUCAACUGCUGUGACCAACUGUUAUGACUACCCGGUGCUCUGGUCUGUGGAGGGUCACAUACAGAUAGUGCGAGGCCUGCUGAUGGCAGCGCUUUCCCUGGGAAUGCUGGGGUUUGUGCUCAGUCUCAUGGGUAUGGAAUGCACCUUCCUUGGGGGAAAAGACCGUGCGAAGUACAAGAAGAUCUAUAGUGGGGGAUGGUGCCACAUCAUCAGUGGUUCCCUGUCCACAUGUGGAUAUGCUGUUUAUGCACAGUAUGUCUCAGUAGAAUACUUCAACCCUGACUUUGAUGGACUAAAGUAUGACCUCGGCACCCCGCUGUUCCUCGGCUGGGUCGGCUCUGCUUUUCAAUCGACGGGUGGGUUUUUUUAUCUGUGGUCUGUGUGCAAGCCACUCUGUGGAGGAACACAAAUGGUGAUCACCAUAAAGCCACAACCAGACCCUGAGCAAAACAAGUCCACCACCGCUCUUUCCACAGUGUCAGGGAUCACCUCCAAGACCAAAUUGUCCUCGAUAUCUGAGCUGUCGUCCAAGUCUGAGCGCUCAGACUUGUCCAGCAUUUCCUCCAGAUCAGAACGUACAUCCAAAUCUGGACGCACGGCUAAGUCGGGUCGGUCAUCAAAGACUGAGAGAACUAUCAGAUCUGCGCACUCAGGAUCAAGGUCAGGGUCAGGAUCAGAGUCUGGCCUUUCGUUGAGGUCCAGUAUAUCGACUUUGACUGAGUCAGGGAGCAGCAGCGGUGGCAGCAGCAGCAGCAGCAGCAGCGGGGGUCGCACAGUGUCGUCUUUAUCAGGCAGUUCCAGGAGUGAGACCACACCAUUCAUCAAAAACUCUUACAUCUGAAUAAAUGUGUCGUACACAUGCGAUCGAAAGAAAAUUUGAGGCCUUGCUGUGUACAAUAUGACUGUUUGGUUAAAGCUCUCGUGUGUUACUUUUAAAUAUACAGAGAUACCCAUUACAUUUGUUGAUGUGAGGAGCCUAUCAGCUCCUCACGAUUCUUCUUCACAAAGUGGUGUUUCGAUCUUGACAUUUGCAUGCUGCACACAGGAAGUGACAGAGGGAGGCAACAGGAAACUUGCGCUAGUAAAGUCAGACGGAUUGUUGGAUUAUGACUGGAAACACAAAGAGGCGCACUAAAAGUUUCAGAGGUGAAUUCUACUGAUCCAAAAAUCUGGCUGUUCUUGCAGCCACCCCCACUCAAGUCUGAUAGUAUUGCUUGACAAAAAUCAGAUAAAGGACGCAGCAUACAAUCAAUAUUACAUCUUUUCUGUUUACUAAGACCAAACAGAAGCAGAAUAAUGACAACAACCGCAAAAGAUUUGAACAAAAAAGACGCAUUGCAGCUUUAAAGCAACUUCAGUUGUGUGUGUUUCGUAUUAAAAAUGAAUUAAAUUGCUACUUCAUUUAUUUAAUUUGUCUGAUAUGUUUUCAUCCUAAACUAUCUUUAAACUUGGAUAGCAUGACACAUAAAUGGUCAGCCUGUGUAACCUUCACCAGGCUGGUUGACAGUAAACACGGUGUGCUUUGUUUUUGUUCAAACCCUCACCUAAAUACACGAGCACCAGCAGCAGUUCGAGCAAAACACUUGUGGAUCAUUUCAUUUUCUUGAAGAAGGUAGGGUUGAUUUAAACCUUCUCGUCUGCUCUUUUUGUUUUAAUCAAAUAAAGUGCUACAACAAA